UCUACAUGCCCCUGAGAUCACACGCAAUAACCUAGACAACCACACGAGCAUGUCGAAUCAAGAGAAGGCCGACAAGGGCGAGCUCUCAUUUGGCGUCGAGCUCGAGUUCCUCUUCUACUUCAAGAACCCUCAGCUCGACGACUCCCAAGAUCCCGGGUGCCUCGUGGUCGACGAGGAGGAGGAACUCGAGCUUCCGCCAGCACUCGUACUCCCCAAGGCCAUUGUGUAUCCCGAGUACGGGGAGUAUGAACGCGAAGACGAGGAGGAGGGCGAGGAAGACCGGGAGGGCGCGGGCGAGAACACCCCGCGGGCGUGGGCAACCGGCUUGAUCAAGCAAGCCAUCCUCAGCGUUCCGGGAGCCAAGCUCGAGCGCACUAGCACGGUGGUCGACCAGCCGCACCGAGACAUGUACGUCAUGACCGAGCCCGGCGCGACGUACGGCGGGUGGUCGGUCAAGCGCGACGGCUCCGUCCACGACGACUACUUCAAAGUUAGCGGGUACAGCUACCGCGCCUUCGAGGUCACCAGCCCCGCGCUCUGGGACAGGCCCGAGAGCCACCGCCACGUCCAGCUGGUCGUCCAGGAGCUGAUCAACCGCUUCCGCCUGCGCGUCAACCUCUCGACGGGGUUGCACUGCCACGUCGGCGCCGGCAUCGAGCCUGUGGGCGAGGAGGCGGAGGAGGAGACGGGAACCCAACCCAACGGGGACACCAAGCAGAAACAAAGCAGUUUCCGCCUAGCAAAGCACUCACUCGGCGUCUUCAAGCGCGCGGCCGCACUAAUGUGGGCAGCCGACGGCUUCAUGGCGCAAGCCUUCCCACCGGAACGCGGCCUCAGCGAGUUCGCCCCCCCGAUCGGCCUCUGCUCGCGCCUCGCGCACGGCGUACAACUGCACCACUACCACGACGCCUCCCAAACCCUCCACACCCACGAAGAAGCCCUCCCCUCCCACCCGCCCCCCACCCCCUUAGACAAGCUCACCCCCCUCCCCAAAUCCCAACAAUCAUCAUCCCUCCUCCCCUCCACCCACACCCCACGCCUCCACCCAGACCACUUCCUGCCCGCCCUCCGCCGCAACAGCAUCCCCCCCGCGGCGCAAGCCCGCUUCGACCUCCUCGGCCCCGUCAAGACCACCGCCGUCCCCGACAUCGCCCAGCUCGCGGGCGUGAGCGUGCGCGCCGGCGUGGCGCACAUCCUCGCCUGCCGCAACCGCGCCGAGGUCGCGAGCCUGUUCGGGGCGCCGUCGGACACGCCGUAUUAUGAGAGGGCGAAUUAUAACCUGCAGGCGUAUCGCAUGGACGGGGUGGCGGAUGCGAGGAAGCCGGCUGCGACGGUGGAGUUCCGCGAGGCGCCGGGGUCGUUGGACCCCGUGUUUGCGAGGGAUGCCGGGGAGGAGCGGUUCUGGGGUGUGGUGGGGAGGUUGGCGGAGGCGGAGGAGGCGGCCGUGGAGGAGGAGGCGUUGAGGGAGGAGGAGGCGGUGGAGUGGGAGGAUGAGGAGGGGGAGGGGGAGGAGGGUGGUGGUGUGUACGGUGCGCUGGUGGGACGGCGGCAGGCUAAGAGUGCGCUGCGCUAUGAUGUGAUCUCGCUGCUGAUGGAUAUGGGCUUGUUUGCUGAGGCGUUGUUUCUGGAGCGUAAGCUGUGCAGUGAUCCGUUGCAGUUCUGGUACCCGUGUCGUCUGGCCGACGCGCCGCAUUGGUUUGAGGACGACGUGUCCCCCGAGCCUGAGUUACCUGGGCCUGACGACCCCCGAUGGGUACUACCGUGCAACUAUGAGCGAUGGCUCCUGGGCGAACGAGUUGAAUGCUAG